UAUCUCAUUGGCGAGGUGCUGGGGGGUCCCUGCUACUCACCUUUAUCUCAUUGGCGAGGUGCUAGGGGGGUCCCUGCUACUCACCUUUAUCUCUUUGGCGAGGUGCUGGGGGGUCCCUGCUAUUCACCUUUAUCUCUUUCUUUUGCCAAAUGGGAAUUUUCACAGUCGUGGCCUCUCUCCCCCGCCCCCCGGUGUCCCCCGUCUCUUUAGGCUGUCACAGAAGUGAUGUUUGCUAAGUGCUUUGAGAUCUCAGGACAUAAAACACGGUGAUUGCACUCUCUCCGCUGGGACGGCUUCCAGAAAGGAAACACUGUGGAGGAGGGUAAAGGUCAGGGGCGCAGGAGACUGAGGUGUCACCGAGGCUUGUGCAGGGGGAAGGGCACAGGCCUCCACAUUGGGACGCCGGGCGUUCACGGUCUGAAUUAGCCGAAUAAUCGAGUGGCCCGAUUCCGGGCAAAUGCCUCCUCCUUCUGCUGGCCCAGAGCUGGUUCCGGGGGAGGAGGCCCUGGCCCCGAGGCCCUGGCUGGGGGUGCUCUGUGUGAGCCCCCACAGCCACGUUUGUCCUUUGCCCAGAAGCCUGGGCCAGCGGGAUUGGGGUUGGGGUGGGGGAAGGUGGCGAAUUAUCAAAUUAGGAGAGAGUUUGUACCCUCCUUUACCAGCCAGUGCCAGCCGACCUGGCGAUUUAUUUAUUCAAGGUGGGGUAGCAGGGAAGAAGAGGGCAGGAGGGGGGCGGAGAGCGAGAAAGGGAAACAAAACAAGGUGGAACUCGGACAAGACCCAAGAAACUUUUUGAGCUUCAACAACAAACUUUCUUUUGUUUCGCUGGAGGGGAGAGGGAAAAAAAUAGGGAGGGGGAAAAAUGCCAAGGACCAGUUCUAACCGAAUGGAAAGGCUCGUGGUGCACUGGGGCCUAAAAGGCCUUCCCCGCAGUUGCCCUUUUCCUGUGUGGCAGCCAGGCUGGGAAGCCCUCCCGGGGCCCGCCACCCCCGGGCACAAGCCUGGCCUAGGUGGGGUAGCAGCCAGGAAAGGCACGAAAUGGAACCGGACGGAACCAACAUUAGAACAAGUGCCUGCUGUUGGGUAGAAAGCUAGGGACUACCUGGGCCCGGCCCUCAGGGAGCUUGCCGUGUCAUGGAGGGGGCAGACGCGGGCUGGACUAACUGGGGCACAAGGUCGGGGAAUGAGGGAGAAGGAAGAUCCCCAGUACAGGCCGAGGAAGGAAAAGGCUCCUCUGAGAAGGGCUGGAUGUUGGCUCGAAGGGGGUUCUUUAGCUGACUUGCACACAGUAGGUGCUUUUUGGGUUCCUAGGAUCAGGAGCGACCUCAGAGACCAGCUAGUCCAGACUCAAUUUUGGGGUAAACACUGAUGUUGGUUGGUCUUCCCGAGGAGAGGGAUGUGAGCAGAGAGGUGAGCCUGGGGGCUUCCUCUGCCCAGUUUGGACUGGAAGCCUGGGGAAAAGUAAUAGGAGGCCGUCCGAAUAGCCUAGAAGGGGAGGAAUGGGCCCAGUGAGGGGGCACCAGGAGAACGGGGGCCAGGGAAGCACAUGUCUGGUUUGGUGGUGGGGUCUUUAAGGAAAAGGAUGUGACCAUCAGUGGCCGCUUUGGAGAAGUCCCACUCUGGGGACUCAGGUCUGCUUCCACUGCCCUCCCUCUGCCCUUCUGGGGUCCUCCCUGUGCUCAGUGAGCCACAGCCUUCUCCCUUCGGCCAGCCCCCAUCACACUGUCUGACUGCUUAGCCCUCGAUCCAAAUUGGGUUUUCCCUCUGGGUAGGGAUGCUGCAAAGAUCAGGGGCUCAGAGAGAAAGAGAGAGCAGAGAGAGACAGACAGAGAGAGACAGACACAGAAAGGAAAAGGAGUGAGAAAGUGAAGGAGGGGAGGGGAGGAGAGAGAGAAACAGCCAAAAGAAAAAGAGACAGAUGGACAAAUAGAAAAGGGAAAGGAGAGACAGAUGGAGAGAUAGAAAAGGAGAGAGACAUGGAAAGAAGAGAGUAAAAAAGAGGGAACAGGAAAAGGGAAAGGGGGAGAGAGAGAGAGUAGGAGAGACAGAUGGAGAGGUAGAAAAGGAGAGAGAUAUGGAAAGAAAAAAGUGAGAAAGAACAGGAGGGAAAGGAGAAGAAGGAGGUAGAGAGACAGAGAGGAAAAAGAGAGAUAGAAAAGGAGAGAGACAUGGAAAGAAAAGCAAAAAAUAGAGAAAGGGAUGAAGAAAGAGAGACAAAUAGACAAAGAGAGAAAAAACAGAAAAGAAAGCAAAAAUAGAGAAAGAGAAAGGGGCAAGAGAAACACUGAUAGGAAAGAAAGUGAAGAAAGAAAAAUGGAAGGAGGAAGUGGGAAGAGAGACAGAGAAACAGACAAAGAAAAGGAAAAACAGAUGGAUAGAUAGAAAAGGAGGGAGACAUAGAAAGAAAAGAGUGUGAAAAGAGAGAGAAAAGGAGUGACAGAUGGAGAGAUAGAAAAGGAAAGAGACAUAGAAAGAAAAGAGAAUGAGAAAGAAUAGGAGGGAGGGGAGAAGAAAAGAGACAGAGAAACAUAUAGAAAGAAAAGGAGAGACAGAUUGACAAAAAAGAGGAAGACAUGGAAAGAAAAGCUAAAAAUAGAGAAAGAGGGAUGGAGAAAGAGAGAGACAGAAACAGAUAAAGAGAGAAAAAGAAAGAGAAAUAGAGAAAGAAAGAAGAGCAAAAAAGAGACAAUGAUAGGAAAGAGAGUGAAGGAAGAAAAAUGGAAGGAGGAAGGGGAAGAGAGAGAGAAAAGGAGAGACAGAUGGAGAUGGAGACACAGAAAGAAAAUGGCAAGAAAAAAAAGGAAGGGAAGGGAGCAGAAGGAAAAGAAGACAAAGAAAAGAGCAAGAAAGAAAAAGGAAGGGAAGGGAGGAGAAGGAAAAAGACAGAGGUAGAGAUAAAGCGACACAGAAAGAAAAGGGAAGGGAAGGGAGGAGAAGAAAAGAGAGACAGAGGUAGAGAUAAAGAGAGAGCAAGAAAAAAGCAAGAAAGGAAAGGCAGGGAAGGGAGCAGAGGGACAGAGCUGGGGGGAGCAUCCUGCUCUGCUCUGGGGGCAAGGACUUGCAGACGGGGGCUGCAGGGGGUCCCUUUAACAUUUGUCCUCCCAUUUAACCCCCCUGCCCACCAAGCGGGCCAGCUGUCUGAGGCAGCUGGGGUCCCGGGCUCGGUUGGCAUGGAAUUCUCCCUGGCCCGGGGCCCAGACAAACACCCUUGCUUUCAACAGGCCUCUGGCAGGAGGAGACAGCCGGGGGCGGAGGCACCUCCUUACUGUACAUGGGAAUGCUCUUGCAGCCCGGGGACACGCGGCCCCCGAGCAGAGGGGCCUGGGCUGGCCUCAGUUUCCUCCCCUGCACUAACGCAGGCUUUGGCCCUGACAGACCUAAGUCCGAGGCCACGGGCCGGGCCGGACUCCGGGGUGUCCUCGGGCUGGUCCCCAGAGUCCAGGGCCAGGGUGUCCGGCUCUUCCUCCGGGCCUGGCCCUUGUCCCUCACCGCAGCCCCUGAGGCUGUUCUCUGUCCCAGGAGCUGGGCCCACGUUUGGGAGGACGGAGCUUGGGGGGCUCCCGGUUCCCAGCCCGGAUCUCUGCCGAGACCCCUGGGAAGGGGCUGAGACGCGGCCCCCGGGGAACCUGUGGUUGGGGGUGGGCUGGGGGAGCACUGAGCGGGACGGGGUGAAGCCCAGAUGGCUCCCAGCCCGGCCCCGGACCCCCCGCAGCCUCCGGCUGCUGCUCCCGAACCUCAGUUUCCUCGCCCGUCAGAAAGGGCCGGGGACGGCCUCAGGCGCCUAGCCUGGGUCUCGGUGCCCUUUAGAACCUUUAAACUGUGUUCAUUUGGGAACGUGACCCCGAGGGGGUGGCCCGGCUUUUACCGGACACUGUCCCGGGGGCCUGGGCCCCCCGACCCCCAAACAAGGCUUUCUCCGGACUAAGUCACCCAGGGGCUGCAGAGGCUGAGUGUGCGCCACACGCCCAAACCACCCGUCCUAAUGCUCGGCAAAACCCCCUUCUGCUCACAACCCGUCAAACCAGAGGUGCCAGUUUUUGUUCCGAGCCCACGGCGGGGAGGGCGGGCAGGAGGGGGAGCCAUCGGGGCCUCCGUCAGGGGUCCCCCUUGCCCGGCCGAGUGGCCGCCCAGCGGCCCUGACCUCCGGAGGACCAAGGACAUGGGCUCAAGCGGGUGGGGGGGCCGGGGAGUGCCAGCCCCGCGGGCAGGGGCCCCCACCAGCGGCCCACAGGGCAGAGUCCCAGAACCUGAACAGCAGGAAGGAUAUAUUUUUUUUUGAAGCAACUACUAUGGAGAUUAAGGGGAUGAGAAUGUAAAUCUCAAGUAAAAAGGUAAUUGAAUGUAAUAGCAAACACUGCUCGCUCUAUGUUAAUUUUAGCUCUUCCCCUGGAUACAAGGCUCUGUAUUAGUGUUUUAUUACCAUUUUGUUUGCACUAAUAAAAUAGUAAAAUUUAUUUCGAGGAAGUUGAAGGAUGGUUUUACAAUGCAAAUUUGAAGAAAUUGGACUUUUCAUUUAUGCCCCUGCUAUUUUAAACCCUGAAGGGUGUAAAUUAGCCGCAGGGACUGGGCAGACCCCACCGAUGGGGGACUGGGAGACGGCGGCCGGCCCGGGCAGCCGUCGGUGGGGGGGCCGCCCAUGGGGGUGCUGGGACUGAUUCCAUCCUUGGGGCAGGUCCUGCCUUAGAGACCCGUCCAGAGGCCGCUGAGCCCGCCCCGUCCCCAGCUUCCUCUCCCAGGUGAGAGGCAAGUCUGGAACCACGGCUUCCUCUCUGUGGCCCCACCUGGCUCACAGAUGCCUCCUCCUGCUGUUUUUGGAGUCCUUCCCCCUCCCGAUGGGGUCCUAAAUCAGAGGUUCUUAACCUGAAAUCCGUGAGCUUACUGAAAAACAUUGUGUGUGUGUGUAAUGCAAGUGUGUAUAUGCACAUAUAAUUUAAUUGCAUUUAUGUGAGUGUAUAUAAAUACCCACACAUAAAUGCAUUUAAAUUUUAUUGGUGUCCCUUGUAAUCCUAUUUACCCUAUUUUAUGCAUUUAAAAACAUGAUUUUGAGAAGGAUCCACAGGCUUUACCAUGAAACAAGAGAUAAGAGCUUGUGAUUAGGCGGGGUGGGCCUGUAGGAGAGGGAUUUAGGACCAUUCCUGGGGUCCCGCGAUGGCACAGAGUGUACACAGAUCCGUCGGCCCUCUCGGAAACGGAAGGGGGAAGCGAUCGGUUGGGAGGGCGACUGUCCGGGAAGCCGCCGUUCCACCACUUUGGAUAAAAUCCCCCCCUCCCCGGAUCUCGGUGUCUUCCCCUGUCAGAGGGAGGGUUCGCAGCAGGGGUGAUACGCGGGUCUCCCAGGACCCCUCCCGCCCCCACACUUUCCCAACCAAUCAAGAUUUUAUUCAUUGCGCCCCGGGAGCUCUUGGGUAAGUGCUGAGCACAGACAAAGAGAAGGCGAAAACAGCCUGGCCGCCAGCAGCUUCUGUUCUGAGUGGGGAGCCGGCUUGCAAGACACCUUGAUGCAAUCGCUGGGAAACCAGCAGACAAGACGCAUGUGUAUGUUUACUGGGGAGCCAACGUGCAAGGCCCACGUUCUUAUUGGGAGCCACCCCGCAGAACAGACGUCUCUCAGGCUCACACAUCCAUAUGUUUAUUGGGGAGCCAGCGCACAUACAAGAUACAGUUACAGUUUUGUUGGGGAGCCAACAUCCAAGGCGUCUCCAUUCUCAUGCUAACAUACAAGACACAUGGAACAUACAGCGUACACGGAACCAACACAUGAGACAAACACAUUUAUGCUCUUAUUGGGGAGCCAACAUACAAGGCACAUUUAUACUUUUAUUGGGGAGCCAACAUGGAAGACGCCUUCCCAUCCUUAUUGGGGAGCCAAGAGCUUCCCAGAGAGGGGGGAAGGGACAGCCCUUCUCCGAUCCCGUGGAAGGUGGGAGAGUCCGUUGGUUUCACAAGGGUGAUGGGAAACGGAAGGAAACGUAAGAGAGGAGCUCUCUUUCAGCUCUAAGUCUGUGGCCUUAUCUUUUCCCGCUUUGAGGCGGCAGUGACCCUCCCGAUUCUCCUCCCUCCGCGGGGCAGAGGCUCCCCAGGCUGUGAGGAUGAUUUGGGGUCGGACAUUCUACUCGCCCCAGAGCUGGAAUUGAAGCCUCUCGAAGGCGGGCCCUGGGACUGCAGGCCCUGAGCCCCGUCCCUCUCUCUCACGCUGCUCCCGGAGGCUGCCGGCUCCCGGGCCCUUUUUGUGGGUCCCCUCCCUGCACGUGGAGGGCGACGGGCCCGGACCUGGCCCCUCUCUUCUCCGGGCCCGGGACCGGCCUGCCUUCCCAGCUGGGAGGCUUCCCCAGCGCCUGGGCCUCGGCCGGCUUUUCCCUGUCUUUGUGUCCCAGAUAGGGUGUUAGGUGUGGAGGAAACAAGCCUGGAACUGGUUAUUAUUGCUAUUAUUAUUUUUAAUCAAGUUGUCCAAACUUUGGGGAAACUGGGUGGGGUGCCGGGUGGUGGCCGGGCGGAUGAAGAGGGAGAGACGAUAGCCGAGUUUCAUUUCGAGUUUUGGGUGAAAAAUUCAGGUCCCUUCUUGCUUUAUCCAAACCGGUUUGUUUAUCUCUGAAAAAUUAUCAGCAGCGGUGGCCCAAAGCAAUGCGUUCGGGGACCUGUUUCCAAAGGGUAGGCACCUGAACAAGUGUUCCGAGUGUCUGGCGAGGUCUGGAGCAUGUUGUAGCGCCUGGGGUGUCUGGCCCGCAGCCCGCGUGCGGGGGAACCGCGCAGCCAGAGUCGCCGGUUUCCAGGCCGGCCCCGGGGGGGGGGGGGCUAAAACCCGUGUCUGCCAUUUUUCUUUCUCUUCCUUUCAUUGUGAGGGUGCGAAGUACUGAGCCUGCCCAUGAACAGAGAGGCUGGAUACGCUGCCCCAAGACAGUGGAGGAGUCUCUGAGCCCCAGAGAGGAGAGUCUUAGGCUCCUGGCUUGUGGGAGGGAGGGAAGGAGGAAGGAAGGGAGGAAGGAAGGAAGGA